UGGAAAGCUAGAAACACGUAAACAUUGAAUGCAUCGGUGGCCAACUUGAUUGCAGACAAUUCCACAGAACUGGGAGUAAUGGAUGUGACGUCUGUGUAAAUGAUUUGAGACCCAUUAUUUGUGAGGUUGCAGUCGUAAUGAGUCAUGCUAUAGGUUGUAUGAACCAUGGGUUGUUUAUCGUGCAAUGAUAAUGAGGAUUUACUUUCCACCAACUACACAGAACAUGGUGUUGAUGACGACCAGACUUGUGGGGACAAAUUUAGACGUCUUGUCAAUGGGGCUCGCACAGCCAUUAAGUCAAGACUUUUCUGGAAAGCUGUUUUAUUGGGGCAAUUUAUAUCUGUCCUCCUCUGUGGAUUAGCAGUCACUAGCGGUAUUCUGUCCAACCAGGGAGUUAAUAUCCCAACUGCUCAAAGUUUCCUCAACUACCUAUUACUGUGUUUGACCUUCACUCCCAUCCUGGCAUGCCGCCGUGGGGAGAAGAAUCUUUGUCACCGCCUGAAGACUUGGGGCUGGAAGUAUGUCCUCAUCUCCAUUGCUGAUGUGGAGGCCAACUUUCUGGUAGUCAGUGCUUAUCAGUAUACAACAGUCACCAGUGUUCAGCUGUUGGAUUGUUUCAGCAUUCCUAUGGUUUUAGUGUUGUCAUGUUUCAUUCUCCGUGUUCGGUACAAACCACUCAACUAUGUAGGAAUCGUUGUUUGUCUCCUCGGCAUGGGUGGACUAGUUCUUACUGAUUUCCUGUCUGGAAAUGUCAAUGUCAAGGACACUGCAAAAGCACCUAACAAGAUCUUGGGAGAUAUGUUGUGCAUCGCAGGAGCAAGCCUGUAUGGCGUGUCAAAUGUGGCUGAGGAGUACGUCGUCAAAAUCUAUGAUAAGGCUGAUUUCCUCGGCAUGGUUGGUCUGUUUGGAAGUUUUAUUAAUGGAAUACAAUUUGUCAUCACAGAACGAGACAGAAUUGUAGAAAUUGAUUUCUCAUCUUACCGUAUAUUACUUCCUCUGAUCGGCUUCACAGUCUUCCAGUUCCUACUGUACUCCUGUAUGACAGUAGUCAUACAACAGACCAGUGCCACGGCCGUCAACAUCUCUAUCCUGUCUGCUGACUUCUACACUCUGUUAUUCGGUCUAUACCUGUUUAAAUAUGAAUUCCACAUUCUGUAUUUCCUAUCCUUCCUACUAAUUCUAAGUGGGAUAGCUGUAUACUCAUGUCAGACAACAGAAUCGCAUCAGGCAGAUAUCACUAACAACCAAAUUCCAGCAACACCCUCCAGAGACUCCUACGAAGAAAUGCAGGAAUCAAGUGUGGACGACUGAGGACAUCAGAUUCAGAAAUUGAUCACAGCAAUAACUCGGGAUCCUGAAACAAUUUUGGACUUCAUGUGUGAGUUUUUGCUCAGCCAAUCAUGUGCGACUUUACUUUUUAUGGCGUUAUCCUUGAUUGGCUAAGUCAAAACUUACAACAGUUUUAUACAAAGAUCAUUUAAUGAUUCCAAUCCAACAACAGAUAGAAUUUGAUCUCUGAUCAUUAUAAUGCCUUGACCACUGGUGAAUGUUUGUACAUGUACUUAAUUUAUCUAUAUAUAUUUUCAUCUUUUUUUUUUUUAAUUGAUUUAAACUUGCUCUUUUGGCAAGGAAAUAUUUUAAUGUAACAUUGCUUGAUUUUAAUGUACCUUUUUUCUUAUUUUAAUAGGAGGUGAGAUUUAUUUACAUUUAAGAAUUCCGAUAUUCUUUGAAUGAUUAGGUGUUGUAAGCUCUCCACAUAGUAAAAUUUAUUGUGAUUCAAUCUUGGUGCUGUAUUAGAUUGUAUUGCUGUGUAUAUUGUACACUGCCAGAAAAUGAUACACAGUAUGGGUAUCUUAAUGUUUGUCAAAUAUUUUUGAAUGUAAACUUUUAAAAUUUGCUUAUAAUAAUUCAAUAUGUUCACAAAACAACGAUUACGCUUACUCACACUUUUUCUCUUUAUAAGAUUUAGCUCACAAAAACAUUUUAAUUGAAGGAAUCUAAAUUAUAGGUAAGGGUGUGCAUGUAAAAUCUGUGUGAAAUAAAGAAACGAAAACACUUUUACCAAUAUUAUCAUUGGUAACCUGUAGUCCUGAGACUUUGGUCAAAGUCAGCAUCAGGACCGUGGGUUACCUACGAUACACAAAUACAUACGUUUAAGUGAAUUAUACAGGCAGAUCAGUGAUUACACUGUAGGUAAGAAACUUAUUUAUUGGUUUAAUUAUUAUUUACACCUGUCAAGUCCCCUGUUAAAGAAAAAAACAGGUGCAUUAAUUAGAUUACAAAGGGAGGAAGCUGGGAUAAAUAUCCUCUAUUUUAACUGUGCGUACGAACAUGCAUUCUCACACACUCUUAAAAGCUACUCUAAUUGUAGGUUAGAGCUCACGAUUUUGUUGAAUACAUUUGAAAUAAAACUAAAUAUAUGUUUCUAUGUAGUUUAAAUUUGCUAUGUACAUGUAUUAUAUGUGCAAUAUAUUUUGAGAGAAGGGUAGGAAUAUGAACAGUUAUUUGCUCAUAACUGUAGCAGCAACGCUGAAUAAAAUCAGCUGUUCAUGACUUGGUUUACUACUUACUUCACUGUUCACAGCACACAAAGCCAUCAACAGAUGGCUUACCCGGUAAAUACUUAACCAGACUGCUCUAGCUUUUGCUUGGAAAAUAAAUAGAUAAAAAGUUUUCUAACUCGCAUUGUAAGCCAGAUCUCAGCCAAAAGGUGAACUUUUCCUGUGGGACUUCAGAUACCAUUUCUUGUCUGUUGUGUUGUACAUGUAUUUCUGUUGUCUGAUUGUUGUGAAUGUCAGUUUCAGAAUCAGUCGCCAGUACCGGUGUAGCAUGGUAUUUUGAAUCAUGGUGAAAUGACCCCGGGGUCAAAAUACCAUUAUGGUGAAAUGACCUUUUACAAUACAAUUGUACUUUGAUAUACCUAUUUCACCAAACUUUUAUAACAAGUUUACUUCACAAAAAAUAAAGUAUUCACAAUAUUAGAUUUACCAUGGCCAUUUUUGUGAUUGACUUUUUUUUUACAAAAUAUUUAAAAAAAAACAACUCAAUUCCUUAAACUAUCCAUCAUAACAAAACAAGAUUUGUCUAAGAAAAGUUUUUGAUGUGAUCAUGUAGGUGUGAUAUGGUAGUGUAAUAAGUAAAAUUGAUCAAUAUAUGUAUAUUAAUCAAUUUUACUUACUACGCUACUAUAUCCAUAAUGAAAUAAAAUAUUUUACCCUUUUUUCUUAAUAAACCUUAAUUCCUUAAUCUAUACAUUAUAACAAAUCUAAAUUGGCCUGAGAUAAUUGAUAUUGAUGUGAGUUAUGUAAGGAAGGGUCGUUUUCACCCACUCCUCACAUUAACAUCACUUGUUGUUGUUAUAAUGUCAACAUCCAAACAUUUUGUAGAUGCUUUAUGUUCUCACAUAUAGAUUGAUUAAUUAAUUGAAAUAAAUUAAUGAACAUUUUGGUUAAAUAAGUAUUAUUCUAUACAUCAGAUCAUGAAGUAUCAACAGAAUUGUAUUGGGGUAGAUCAUUUCAAGUCGUGGCAGGUCUAUACCUUAACAGCAACAUGAUUUGGAUUGGCUUUGGUAAAGUGACCCCCUCCCCCUCCAUCAAGAAAGAGUUUUUUUGCUAAAUCUUUCAGUAGUUUACUUCAAUUGAUUAACUGAAUUAAUUUUUAAUUUAAAAAAUUAAAACCAACACAAUAUAAAAUAUUGUUAACUUUGUAGGUGUGUGUGGAGGGGCGGGAGGGGGGUGGGUCACUUUACCAUGGCCAUGGUCACUUUACCAUGGCCAUGGUAAAAUGACCCCCCCUCCCUCUUCCCCCUCAUUACAUGACUCACAUUAAAUUCACUGAUAACGAUUCAAUUCAAUUUUUUAAAAUGUAUAGAUUAAUGAAUUGAGGUUUAUUGGAAAAUAUUAAGUGAAAACAAUUAAAUCCACAAAAAAAUAUUUUCACUAUAAUCAUGGUAAAGUGACUCCCCUCCCCAAACCUCUCUACAUAACUCUCAUCAAAAUCACCUACCCCAAGACCAAUUUUCUUGACUUUAUCUAUGUAUAUUUUAAUGAAUGGAAGUAAAAGAAAUUAAAUAUUGUUAACUUAGAAGGUGUGUAUGGAGGGGCGGGAGGGGGUCACUUUACCAUAGUCAUGGUAAAGUGACCCCCCCCCCCCCCCCCCCCAAGCAUAAACGACUCAUCAAAGUCAGACCAAUUUUGUUGUUGUUGAAAUUUAUAGAAUUUAUAUUGAUGUAUACUGAUAAAGGUUUUGUGAAAAUAAGUCACUUACCAUUACCAAAAUUAAUGAUAAAAAAGCUUUAUUUCUCCAUUGAUGUUCUCCAUCAACUAUUCACCUAUAUUUCACUCUAUAGUCAACCUACCCAUCGAAAUUUGUUCUGUUUAUAAUGAUACAAUAUUGUUUUAAUGAAAAUAUGUUAAAUGAUAUAUGAAAAUCAUG